AUGCCGGUGGAUUACAGCAAAUGGGACGCGCUGGAGCUCAGCGAUGAUUCCGACAUCGAAGUGCAUCCGAACGUCGACAAGCGAUCGUUUAUCCGCGCGAAGCAAAAUCAGAUCCACCAGGAGCGCCAUCACCGCAAGCUCCAGAUCGAGACGCUCAAGUAUGAGUUUGUCAUCAACGAAGGCCUAAUGCACCGCAUUUCUGCCCUGCUGGCGUCACUCAAAGCACAUGCCUCGGAAGCGACGACCAGAAACCCGGGCGAGAUUGCUUUUCAGGCUGUCAUGGAGUCUGCGAGGAACCUUAAGGAUGACAAGCCCCCGCCCCCGCCGGCGGGAGUCCACAGCGAGGAGAGGGAACAGCAUUCGUACUCCAAGAUGAUGGCCGUGCUGUUGGACCAGGUAAACAAGGCGUUGGACGAGAAGAAGCCCACCGAUCGGUACAGCGCGAUGAUUGAGGAGAUUCAAGAGCAUGAGAACAAGGUCAAGAAGCUGCAGCGGGACCUGACGGCGAAGUUGGCGGAGCUGGAGAAGGAGGAGAAGAAGAAGAUUACCAGCGCUGACAUUCACACCGGAUUCGACAGCUCACACGUGGCAAAGCCGCAACCGGCUGGCCAGAAGCAGGAAUCGACGCAGGUUGAGCUGUUGAACCCCAACAGCCUGUCGUCGGGCACCACAUCGUCCGGGGAGACGACGACGGCCGAGGGCGAUGAAGAGGUCGAAGCAUCGGCCGCGGCGAAGAAGUUUGCUCAGAUCAAAGAAAAUGACUACGGCGCGAGUCUUCAGUACAUAUCACAGAACCCCCAGAUCCUGACGGAGCGGGAAACGGACGGACUCUUGGUCCUGGCUUUCGACGCCGCCCUGGAGCGCCAGGACGACUUCUGCCGGCAAUGCGUCCACCAAGCGCUGCUUCUGCAGUACUGCCGCGUCCUGGGCAAGGACGGUGUCGGGCUCUUCUUCAAGCGCAUCAUGACGCCGGGCCACCAGGCAAAGGGAGUCUUCUACAAGGAUGUGCAGGAGACGUACAUGAGGAUCAGGAACCGGUCGCGGGAGAUCAUCGCGGAGAGGGCCAAGGAGCCCGAGGGCGUCGAGCAGAUUCAACUACACGCAGUAGAGCCGGGGACGGUCAUCAACAUCAAGGUGCCCGCCGCCGACAGCGACGAUGCCGAGGUGCAGAAGGCGCGCGAUAUUUUCAACGGCUUCAAGCCGGAGAUGCAGAGAGCGCUAGAGUCGGGCGAGCUGAACGAGGUGAACAAGGUGCUUGGCGAGAUGGCGGUGGAGGAUGCCGAAGCCAUCCUGGAGGAGUUUGGAGCGGCAAACAUCCUUAGUCUCGAAGAGCAGAUUAUCGAUACGACGACGGAGGAGGGCCAGAAGCAGCUCAAGCAACUGGAAGCUGCAGCGGCCGCUCCCACAGAGACCACGACGGAGGAUCCGGAGCUGUAA